AUGUUUUCGAUUAUUAACAAAUGCACAACUUUGGUGUUUGUUGUUGGUCUUUUGGUGGUUUAUUUUCAAGGAACAGAUUCAGCUCCUAUGGAUGGGAUGAUGGAUAAGAUGUGUACUAUGAAUAUGAUGCAAUCAGAUCCUACUGGUAUGAAGGGGAAGCUGUGUGGUAAUACUAUGAGUCCAGAAAGUGACGACUCUGUGACAAUUGCACCAGAAGGAAUGCAACAGAAUGAUAUAAAUGAAGAAUUUAAACAGAAUGAUAUAAAUGAAGAAUUUAAACAGAAUGAUAUAAAUGAAGAAAUUAAAGGAAUGAUGCAACAAAUGAUGGGAGGAAUGGGAGGAAUGGGAGGAAUGGGAAUGUAAUUAAGGUUAAAUGUAGUUAGACAAAAAUUUUUGUCUGCUUUCAAUAAAUAA